UAGAGGCGUUAAGCGCCAUGGCGCCGCUAUUCAUCAUCCCACCGCUAGAGGCGCUGCAGCACAAGCGACGCGCGCCCCUCUGUUCUCACGGCAUUCCAAAGCUGACGGACUCUGAGGGAUGAGCUGGGAUGAGAGUGGGAUGCUAAGGAUAAUGUUUUCCUUCAGCACAGAAAACGGGCUGCCGUGCACCCCAGCAGACGAGCGCAAUAAUUCACCUCACUAAACACACAAAGGAGUCAAGCAGCGCCUUCACAGGGACAGACUUCGCUCUUUCUCGUCGGAGGUCAGCCGUUUUUAGCAGCUUACAAGGUGUAAUGUCUCAGUGAAUAUACACCUCUGCUGACUGAAGCUGCUAAAGAAUAUUUAACAGCCGGUUCAUCCUGUGAUUGUGGUCAAACAGUUGACAGGUGAUGCCAGUAGAGCGGUAUGGACAGUUAUCAACGGUUACAGUGGCUAAAUCUAGGAUCGUAAACUGUUGAAACAGAAAAUAAACAUCUGCUAACUGCAUCAAUAUAUAUAUAUUGAAGACGGACUCCACUCUUGACCUUCAGACCACGUCACACUUGCCAUCAAUAAUGUCAGGUUAAGAAAGUCUGAAGUCUCCGAUCUUUGACACCACAGUGAGUGUUUCCCCAGAAGAGCAGUCUUUAGUAUUGCUGGACUUUCAUCGAGAUGUUCACCGCUCUGAAGAAGCUGGUGGGCUCUGAAGCAGGGCAGCUCAGGGAUAGAAAUAUUCCUGCCGGCCUGCAGUCCAUGAACCAGAGUCUACAGAGGCGUUUCGCCAAGGGCGUGCAGUAUAACAUGAAAAUAGUCAUCCGUGGGGACAGAAACACAGGUAAAAGUGCACUUUGGCACCGGCUUCAAGGGAAAAAGUUUCUGCAAGAGUACAUCCCCACACAGGAGAUCCAGGUCACCAGCAUUCACUGGAACUACAAAACAACAGAUGAUGUAGUGAAAGUUGAAGUCUGGGAUGUUGUAGAUAAAGGGCAAAAGCUUCCUCUUCCAGAAGGUGUAGGGAAAGGGAAAAGACGCGGAGAGAAUCUGAAAAUGGAAAAUGAACCUCAGGAGUCGGAAACCGAGAUGGCUCUCGACGCAGAGUUCCUGGAUGUUUAUAAGAACUGUAAUGGCGUGAUCCUGAUGUUCGACAUCACCAAACAGUGGACGUUUAGCUACAUCCUGAGGGAGUUGCCAAAAGUGCCAACACACGUCCCAGUGUGUGUGCUGGGUAACCAGCGGGACAUGGGCGAGCACAGGGUCAUCUUACCCGACGACAUCAGAGACUUCAUCAACAGUCUGAACAGACCGCCGGGCUCCUCCUACAUCCACUAUGCCGAGUCCUCCAUGAAAAACGGCUUUGGUCUCAAAUACCUCCAUCGCUUCUUCAACAUCCCAUUCCUGCAGCUGCAGAGGGAGACUCUGUUACGGCAACUGGAGACAAAUCAGCUUGACAUUGAUGCCAUGCUCGAAGAGCUCAGUGUCCAGCAGGAGACCGAGGACCAGAACUAUGACAUUUUUCUUGAGAUGAUGGAGGCACGCAAAGCUUAUGGCUCUCCGGCGCCAUCUAAUGGCCAGAGCCCAUCAUCGGGCUCCCAGUCCCCUGUGGUGCUGCCUGGAGCCGCCUCUCCCAGUAACUCCAGCCCCAGUACCCCUCAGGCCCCUGUCCCGCUCCAGACCCAAUCCACCCCUCCACCACCUCCAUCUAUACCACAACCCCCCACCCAUGUUCCCCAGACACCAUCACAAACACCUCCUCCUGCUCAGAGACGUGGCUUCAUCUCACGCCUGUUCGGACCGUCCACUGCAGAGGCAGAACCAGACAAACCAGAAUCUGUGGGCUCUGAAGAGCCAAAGCCCUCUGGAAAGGUGCAGCGUGUGGAGGACUUUGUGCCGGAGGUGGGCAUGAAACGGACCGUUCUGGAAGAUGGUAGAACAGCAGUUAAAUCAGCAUCAGCUCCCAUCCUGGACAGUGAUAGUGAUGGUGAGGGACGGGGAAAUCCUCUGGUCUCCGGCUUCCAGGAUGAUUUAGAUCCAGAUGACAGAGCGCUGUCCCAGCCUGCCGUUAAAGCGGCGGUCCCGAGCAUGAGCGUCACACUCACGAGUGAUGAAGAGGAGGAAGAUUCAUCUCUGCCCUCUGCUGCCCAGCACAAAGGCAUCGGCUCGGGCCCAAACUCAAAGAGUUCUAGAUCUGCAGUGAAUUCUGUCAAACAGCUGCAAACCAAGUCUAGACCAGCUGAGAGACCCCAAAGCCUGAAGACCCCAGCAGGAGCAGUGCAGCGACUGAAGACAGGAGGCGCUGUUGAGGCUCAGCAGAUGCUGUCAUUUGUCAUGGACGACCCUGAUUUUGAGAACGAAGAGUUUGAUGGACCCAAGAUCAAGAAGGGCACUUUUUCUGCACGAGAUGACUUAUCUGACCGGUCGGAUGAUGGCUUUGUGUUAGCUGGACUCCCAGAGCCCUCCAAACCUGCUGCCCCCUCAUUUAAGACCCUCAGCAGUGACAUUGACCUGUUCAGCCUGGGGUUUGAAGAGACGACACCUAAGAGUAAAGACAGCAGUGAAGACCAGGAGGAUAAUGAAAGCAGACACUCCACAAAGGACAAGAAAAAGAAGAAAAAGAAAAGCAAAGAGGAGGAUGAGAAAAGCAGCAAGAAACGACACAAACACAAGAAAAAGGUAAAGGAUGAGGCGGGAACAGGAGACGAGAAAGAAAAGAAGAAGAAGAAAUCUUCAAGGACCAAGAAAGCAGGAGCUGUGGACGAUCUUGAGGCCUUCCUGGCAGGUGGAGACGGACCAGGAAACAGUGAGGGCGGAGACUAUGAAGAGCUCUAACCAAUCAGGGUUUGACAUCCACGCCGUGUGACAUCGCCAGGUCAUUCUCCAAUCCAUUCCACCUGUUUCUCAGUGCCUAACCUUUUGAGUUUUCACAGUGUUUUUGUUCUUCCAGCAUUGCAGCUUUAUAAAUUGGUACAUGGCACCAUUGUUCACCUCAUGCUGUUUCAGUACUUUCAGACAUAUAACUUUUAGAUGCAUUUUCAAAUGAUCCAGCAUUUAUUUAGUUAUUAGCUGAUUAGAACUCAAAGUCCUUCCACAAAUAUUCGAAGUCAUUUUAGCUUUGUUGGUUUUGUUUGUGUCUUUGUCAGUGUGUGUGUGUGUGUGUGUGUGUGUGUAAAUAUGUGUCCCUUAACAUUAUGGCAACUCUGUGUGUGCUUGCAUUUUAUUUAGCAAGUAUAUAGAUGGAUUAAUCAGACGUACAUUCAAAUCUACGUAACAUACAUGAGAAGAGCCCAUUUCUGUCAAACUUUCAAAUAGCUAUUCACAUUUAAUUGAACAUUUAAUACAAGAACGGAUUUCAUGAACAGUUUGCACAGAAAUGCAUUCCUCAUUUGCUUCAUGAAUGAGACCUGACAUGUUGUGACAUUCAUUGUCUUUCAGACGCUGCAUCAUAAAUUAAACCUUCGGAAAAAUAAUCAGUCGUAACUAGAUUUAAUACCAUAAGCCUCUUUCGCCAUCAGUUUCUUUCCAUUAAUGCCUUAACAUGUUUUACACCUAACAAAAUGAAAGCCUUUAUAGAGCAAUCCUAUAAAGUUAAUUAAUGACUGAGGCUCUGACAGACUGCUAACACUGACAGAAUUACUUUGAGCUAAAGAGACACACUCAUGCAGCAAUCACAGUCACGUUUGCAACUAUAUCAUUAUAAUUACAACAAAGUUAGUCAGAUUGUCUUUUUGGCAAUUAUUUAUGCAGUUAUUAAACCAGUAUUGUUAUUUAUGAUCUUAAAAUGUGUUAAAAGUUGAUCACGGUCAAAAUUCUUCCUCUCAUGGUAUGUUUGUGAUGUCCUGUCUGCUAAAGGUAUUCAUUUCCUUUGCUGUAUAGCUUUAUUUUUGUUAUGGCUUGUGUAAAUGUUAGUAGUUGUGUAUAGGUCUUGUGUUUUAUUUGGUUCAGAAAUGGACAACCAAGAACAUUUGUAUCUGGGAUGUUGAGGGUCCUUGAACAUCCUUUAUGUAUAACAGCAGCCUAAAUUACUAAAUGCAACUAAACAGAUCUAAAAAUCUUUUCCCUCAUAGUUACGCUUGUUUUGGUGACCUAAAGCAAAGAAGGUUGAGUUUUAGUAAAAUAAAAAAAAAAAUCACAUUUAAGACAUACAAAUGUAAGACAUGAUGUAAAUGUAUUAAUUCUUGAGAAUAGGAUAGUGAAAGUAAAAUCAUAUUUUGAAUGCACACAUUUAUACUUUAUAAUAUCAGCCUAAAAUUUUGGCUUUCGAUGAUCC